AUGGACAAGUACAGGACAAUCAGAACUCUUGGGGAUGGGACUUUUGGAAGUGUGACUAUGGCUACUGUUAAAGGCUCAAAAGAAGUUGUUGCUAUUAAAAAACUGAAGCGUACAUUUGGCUCAUGAGAGGAAUGUAAUGAGUUACGUGAAAUCUCAAUUUUAAGGAAAAUUUGCCAUCCUAAUAUAAUAAAACUGAGAGAAAUAAUACGAGAAGCUGAUGAUUUAUAUCUGGUUAUGGACUAUAUGGAGCAAAAUUUGUUAGGAUUAAUAACAAGAGAUGCACAAAUGGACUUAACUUUUAUAAAAAACAUAAUGAGGCAAGUCUUUGAAGGACUUGCUUAUAUUCAUAAAAGUGGGAUUAUUCAUAGAGAUAUCAAGCCUGAAAAUAUUUUAGUUUCACAGAAUUCUUGCAAAAUAGGCGAUUUUGGUAUUGCAAAAGACCUAAGAAAUGGGCAGCCAUUUACAGAUUAUGUAAGCACAAGAUGGUAUAGAGCUCCUGAGCAGCUAUUAAAAAGCCAAAGAUAUUCAUGGCCUGCAGAUGUUUUUGCUGCUGGAUGUGUUUUAGCAGAAAUAUUUCUGAAAAGACCAAUAUUCCCAGGGACAAAUGAGCAAGACCAAUUAAUGAAAAUUUGUGAAAUACUUGGGACUCCUACAGCUGACAACUGACCUGAAUUUCCUCAACUAUCAAGAAGACUCGGGAUUACUUUUCCACGCAGAGCUCCAGCCCCUCUGCAGGACAUCAUGCCUUCUGCCCCAUUGGAAGCUAUCUCUUUUCUAUCAAGAAUUCUUUGUUGGGAUCCUUCAAAAAGAUCAAGUGCAGCUCAAUGUCUUAAUCAUCCAUUUUUACAGUCUAUCCGAAGAGAAACAUUUCCAAUUUUCUCUGAACAAGUAGAAGAAGUUAAAAGCCCAAUAAAUUCAAGAAAUUCUUUUGGAAGACGUUCGUUCAAAUAG